UUAGUUUUCAUGCAGGAGUGACAGUGAAGGAUCGAUUUUCAUUGAGGGAAUGUACAGUUGCGACGAACUGAAUGACUCUAAGCACGGAUUAUGACUUUUAGAAAGCGAUGUUUUCGCUCCGUGGUUUCUGUCCUACUCUUGAGGUACUGUUCACGGUAGAGACUUCGUGUCUGACGCCUUGCCGUGAGUGCAGAACGAUUGUGCUUUGAAAACGUUUCACACCGUUGAAGUUCGACACCGCGUGGCAUUCGACUUUUAACCAUCCAGCUCAAAAAAUGAGCACUUUUUCGUCUAGAAACUCCGGUUGGGCAGCUGAGAGGCUACGAGAGAUCGACCAGGGCCAUGCGAGGGGGAAUAGACCGGCUUUGGUCGUUCGCUCCCUGUUGCAGGCUUUCCUCAGAGGUCUUGGCCGCUUUAUACAGCGAAGAUGUGGAACUGUGAUUAUGUUUGGUUUCCUUCUUUUGAUCGUAUCAGCGAUCGGACUGAUCAAAGCAGAAUUGGAAACAAAUGCUGAGAAUCUGUGGAUUGAAGUGGAUGGUCGUCUGGAAAAAGAGCUCCAGUACACCAAAAAAGCCCUUGGAGAUGGUUAUGGUGGAACAAAUGAACUACUUAUUCAAACGCCGAAUGUCAAAGGGACUAAUAUUCUUUCUGUGCAGGCCAUGAAACGACACUUGGAUGUUCUGACAAGAGUCACAAAUAUUUCAGUGGAAUUGUUUGACCAGACAUGGACACUGAAAGAUAUUUGUUAUACUCUAAGUCUUCCACCACUGAAUGAUAAUGUGGGAUUGGAUAGUACUCUUCAGCAACUUCUGCCUUGUGUCAUUAUAACCCCUUUGGAUUGUUUCUGGGAUGGAGCAAAACCACUUGGACCACACAACAAAGUGAACCUUGGGUAAGAAACUGAUGGUAGAAAUUUUCAUUUUUUAAGCAAAAGU